UUACAAUGCCAUAAAGUCCGAACAUAAUGCAUCUCAAGCCAAACUCACCUCUGACGAAGAGCUCUUGCAAACCCUUCUUACGGGCCUCUCAUCCAAAAGCGCCACUCAUCCAGGGAGUGGUGGUGGCUACAUGGGUCAGAUUGCCGACGCUCGAGCACGUAUCGCCCAAGGCGCAGCAGAGGAAGAGCAAGCCCGGAUGAAUCUGGAGAUGAGCAAUAAUGAGCUGCAAAGUUUGGAGACGCAGUUCAAGAGGGUGGAAAAGGACGCUGGUGACGGCAAGAAACGGAUAGAGACGACGCGACGGGCCCUUGCCGAUGCGCAAAAACGACUGGCGGCGUGUGGAUGGACUGCAGAGACGGAACAAGAGGGCGAAUCCCGCGGAGCGCAGUUGAGGUCUCAAAUUCGCCACUUAACUGAACGACGCGACCGAGCUCGACAAAACAUCGGAGGCUUGGAGUUUGAAUAUAACCCACCUUUUGGAUUCGACAAGAGUAAAGUUAAAGGACGACUUGGCCGACUAGUUGCUAUUCGACCAGGCGAAUCCGAUAAAGCUACCGCGCUUGAGAUCACUGCUGGGACUCGGCUCUACAACGUCGUCAUCCAGGACGAGAACGUCGGAAAGGUUUUGCUCUCUCAAGGUGUGGUGAAGAAAAGGAUCACUUGUUUGCCUCUGUCAAAAAUUAAAGGAUAUAAAAUUCGAGAAGAUAAAGUCAAAGCCGCAACUCAAAUCUCCCAGGGAAAAGCUCGCCCUGCACUCGAUCUUCUCAAAUAUGAUCCUAGACUUGACAACGCCGUUUCCCAUGUCUUCGGCGGGACCUUCAUUUGCGAUGACACUGAAUCUGCCCAACGUGUUACUUUUGAUAAAAGUAUUGGUCAACGCUCUGUUACUCUCCAAGGAGACGUGUAUGAUCCCUCCGGAACUUUAUCUGGUGGUUCGGCUCCAUCUUCCAGCGGCAUACUCAUUAAAGUCCAGGAAUUGCUCGACAUCGAGGAUAGUUUGGCCACAGUGGAAGCACACUUCAACGAGUUCGAGCGAACGUGGAAUGGCGAUUCGACAAAAAGGAAGAGGGAGGCGUACAAGAACAUAUCGAAAGAAGUGCAGAUCAAAGAGCAUGAACUUAAAUUAGCUGAGGAACAAAACGAGGAAAGCAAUGCUGAGAGGCUUCGUUCUCAGAUUGAUGCGCUCAAGGAAACGAUCACAACCCUGACUGCUUCUGCCCAAGACGCAAAAAAAAAGCAAAAGGACAGCGAGAUGGAAGUUAAGAAGCUUCAGAAAGACAUGGAAGAGUUCAAGAACAACAAGGACGGGAAGAUUGAGGAGCUCAAAGCAAACAUUUCAAAGCAAAAGGCAGCUGCUCAGAAACAAGCCGUCGUCGUAAAGACAAAGCAAAGGGAACAUCAAACCGCUACCCUGGAGCUUGAGCAAUGCAAUGGGGAGAUCAAGUCAGCCGAAGCGACAGUAAAAGAUGUUCGGGAUCAUGUUAACAAGCUGAAGAAGGAUUUGGACAAAAUACAAUCUCAACUUAAGGAUAGUGAGAACGACUUGGCGCGAAUCAACAGUAGUCUUGAGGAGGAGCGAGCAACGCUUACUCGCUUUGAUAAAGAGCUCAAGACCCUUGACAAAUUUGUCAAGGACAAGAAAAAGUCAAUCAUGGCGCUUGGCGAGAAGGCUUCGGAAUACGAAUCAUCUGUUGAAGAUCUUAUGAAGAGGAGGAAAGAGUAUAUCGAGAGAGGGAAUGGGCUUGAACAAGAGCAUACUUGGAUUUCGGAAGAGAAACACAUGUUCGGGAGAGCGAAGACGAUUUAUCAUUUCAGUACCAUGAAUGGUGUAGAAAUGCGACAGCGAGUAGAUGAGCUUGUAAAGUCACAAAAAGCGAAAAAGAAGAAGAUCAAUUCCAAGGUCAUCAAUAUGAUUGAUGAUGUUGAGAAGCGAGAGAAAGAACUGAAGAAAAAUCUCGAGACCGUCAACAAGGACAAGCAGAAGAUCGAAGUCACUAUUGAUCAACUAGACCAGUAUAAGCGUGACGCUCUGCAGAAAACCUGGAAUAAAGUUACGGUUGACUUCGGCGAGAUCUUUGGCGACCUACUCCCUGGAAAUUUUGCUAAAUUGGAACCUCCAGAAGGUAAGGACCUCAUGGAUGGUUUGGAGGUCAAAGUGCGGCUCGGGUCAGUGUGGAAGCACAGUCUGACAGAGCUUAGUGGCGGCCAACGUUCUCUCAUCGCACUUUCGUUGAUUAUGGCCCUUCUCCAAUUUAAACCCGCUCCGCUGUAUAUUUUGGACGAAAUAGAUGCCGCCUUGGACGAGUCUCAUACUCAAAACAUUGGACAUCUGUUCCGCACCCGGUUCAAGGGUGCACAGUUCAUCGUAGUAUCAUUGAAGGACGGCUUGUUCUCUAAUGCGAAUGUGUUGUUCCGAACGAAGUUCGAAGAUGGAACGUCUAUGGUUGAACGAACAACAAAUCGCUCAAGCUCGGCGUUGUAUUCAAAUCAGAAUCAAGAAGACGAAGAGGCUGGAAGGGACAGGAGAAGAACACGGAGAUGAACGUGUUCAUAUACCUAUGGUUUGAUCUCUAAGAUUUUGCUUCUGAUCACCAUUGCCUUUCUUGACAAAUCACAUUGUGUGUAGAUCUUACCAUAGCAGCCUAUCUUUAUUGCACUUGUAGAUGUAUUUUUCUUGUAUAAUUGAUGUAAGUACUCACACUUUCAAAGAAGCAAACGU